CUGAGAACUUUAAUAGAGCAAGUUUUAACCAAAAUACUAAAAUAAACACUAGACGCAUCUAAAAAGUGCAAAAUAGACAACAAGAAAAUUAGAAUAUCUAUUUCUAAUUCAUGUUCUAAACAAAAUUAGUAUAAAUAUCAAGUGUAUGACAAUUAUUAAAUCAGUAUCAGUAGUUUCAUUCUUGAAAGCAAUACUUCUACAAAAAUGAAAUUCUUCACCGCUGUUUUGUUCGCUGUCGUUGCCUUGGCUGCCGCCGAUGUCAGCCACUUGGACAGAACAUACUUGCCACCCCAUGGUGCAGCCAGCAGCUCACAUGAACAUUAUGCUUCGGCUCCUGCCUCCAGCAGUGGUUCUUUCAAAUCUGGCUCCAGCUUCUCUGCUCCUGAAUCUGCUUCCACCUUCACCUCUCAACAAUACUCUGCACCUGCUGCCUCUUCUAGUUUCAGCAGCCGCAGUGGAUUCUCUUCAGAUUCCGGCUCCAGCUACUCUGCUCCCGAAAGCGCUGCCUCUACUUUCAAGACUACUGAAUACCAAGCUCCCGCUUCCGGCAGCUCUGGCUCUUUCAAAUCGGAUUCCAGCUACUCUGCUCCCGAAAGUGCUGCUUCUUUCUCAUCCUUCAAAACUACUGAAUACCAAGCUCCCGCUUCUACCAGCUCUGGCACUUUCAAAUCUGAUUCCAGCUACUCUGCCCCAGAAGCUUCAUCCUCAUUCGCUUCCAACCAAUACUCUGCCCCUGACACCUCUGCCAGUUUCAGCAGCCGCAGUGGAUUCUCUUCCGAUUCUGAUUCUAGCUACUCUGCUCCUGAAAGUGCUGCUUCUUUCUCUUCCUUCAAGACUACUGAAUACAAAGCUCCCGCCGCCAGCAGCUCUUACAAAUCUAGCUCCAGCUUCUCGGCUCCCAUAGGUGCUGCUUCUUUUGUCGCUCCUGAAAGCACUAGCUACACUGCUGAUUCUAGCUACUCAGCCCCUGAAGCUGCUUCCACUUUCACUUCCCAGCAAUACUCUGCUCCCGAUAGCUCUGCUAGUUUCAGCAGCCGUGGUAGCUUCUCUUCUGACUCCAGCUCUGGUUCCAGCUACUCUGCUCCUGAAGCUGCUGCUUCCUACUCAGCUCCCUCUUACUCUACCUCCUACACCGACUCCAGCUACUCUGCUCCACAAGCUGCUGCCUCUGGUGUUGAUACCCAAUACGCCGCUGAUGGUGGUUAUGUAUACUAAACCUUAAACAAGAGACUAUUUCUUUUAAAUCCCCUUUAAAGACCAAAAAAACAACAACAAAUAAAAAAUCUAAAAAAAUUUUAA